CUCCUCCUCCCAGCAUGCAUUUAACCAACAUGUGACUUCUCCUGCACAAAGAUCUGAAGUCUGUCUUCUGAAGGAAUCUGGAGGACCGUGUGGACUCACUAUUCUAAAAUUUUUGGCUCUACUCUUUCUGCUAGAGGGGCCUGGAUUUAUACGGGUCUUUCACCACCAUGGGCCGACUGGAAGGCAAAGUCAUUGUCCUGACGGCUGCCGCUCAAGGGAUCGGCCGGGCCUCAGCCUUAACUUUUGCAAGAGAAGGAGCCAAGGUCAUAGCCACAGAUAUCAACGAAUCCAAACUGCAGGAGCUGGAAAAAUACCCAGGUAUCCAAACCCGGGUCCUUGACGUCACCAAGAAAAAGCAAAUUGAUCAGUUUGCCUCCGAAGUCGAGAAAAUCGAUGUGCUCUUCAAUGUUGCCGGUUUUGUCCACCAUGGGACCAUCCUGGAUUGCGAGGAAAAAGACUGGGACUUCUCAAUGAACCUCAACGUCCGCAGCAUGUACCUGAUGAUCAAGGCAUUCCUUCCCAAAAUGCUUGCUCAGAAAUCUGGCAACAUUAUCAACAUGUCUUCUGUGGCCUCGAGCAUCAAAGGGGUGGAAAACAGAUGUGUGUACAGCGCAACCAAGGCAGCUGUAAUCGGUCUCACCAAGUCUGUGGCUGCCGACUUCAUCCAGCAGGGCAUCAGAUGCAACUGUGUGUGCCCAGGAACGGUUGACACUCCAUCUUUGCAAGAAAGAAUACAAGCCAGAGACGACCCCAAAGAGGCACUGCAAGUUUUCCUAAACAGACAGAAGACGGGAAGGUUUGCGUCUGCAGAAGAAGUGGCCCUGCUCUGUGUGUACUUGGCCUCGGAUGAGUCUGCCUAUGUAACGGGCAACCCUGUCAUCAUUGAUGGAGGCUGGAGCCUGUGACUGCUGGAAACUCCUGCUGAGGAGGCAGGCUCUUCCCGCUCAAAGGGAGAAGCAGCUGACUCAAUGAUCACCUCUCCUAUGAAUGACGUUCGUGAAAACAGCCCCUUUUAAUGAUUGUUCCCAAGAGUGGAGUCUUUCAAUAGACUCUGUCUCUUCUGAAACAAUGGAAA